UGCGCUCCCUGGAGCGAGCUGGUGAGGAGGGCGCAGCGGGGACGACAACCAGCGGGUGCGCGCGCUCUUAGAGAAACUUUCCCUGCCAAAGGCCCCGGGGGGCACGGGUGUCCCCCGCUUGCCAGAGCGCUGUUGCGGCCCCGAAACUUGUGCACGCAGCCCAAACUAACCUCAGGUGAAGUGACGGACUGUUCUAUGACUGCAAAGAUGGAAACGACCUUCUAUGACGAUGCCCUCAACGCCUCGUUCCUCCCGUCCGAGAGCGGAGCUUAUGGCUACAGUAACCCCAAGAUCCUGAAACAGAGCAUGACCCUGAACCUGGCCGACCCAGUGGGGAGCCUGAAGCCGCACCUCCGCGCCAAGAACUCGGACCUCCUCACCUCGCCCGACGUGGGGCUGCUCAAGCUGGCGUCGCCCGAGCUGGAGCGCCUGAUAAUCCAGUCCAGCAACGGGCACAUCACCACCACGCCGACCCCCACCCAGUUCCUGUGCCCCAAGAACGUGACAGACGAGCAGGAGGGCUUCGCGGAGGGCUUCGUGCGCGCCCUGGCCGAACUGCACAGCCAGAACACGCUGCCCAACGUCACGUCAGCGGCGCAGCCGGUCAGCGGGGCGGGCAUGGUGGCUCCAGCGGUAGCCUCGGUGGCAGGGGGCAGCGGCAGCGGAGGCUUCAGCGCAAGCCUGCACAGCGAGCCGCCCGUCUACGCCAACCUCAGCAACUUCAACCCAGGCGCGCUAAGCAGUGGCGGCGGGGCGCCCUCCUACGGCGCGGCCGGCCUGGCCUUUCCCGCGCAACCCCAGCAGCAGCAGCAGCCGCCGCACCACCUGCCCCAGCAGAUGCCCGUGCAGCACCCGCGGCUGCAAGCCCUGAAGGAGGAGCCUCAGACAGUGCCCGAGAUGCCUGGCGAGACGCCGCCCCUGUCCCCCAUUGACAUGGAGUCCCAGGAGCGGAUCAAGGCGGAGAGGAAGCGCAUGAGGAACCGCAUUGCUGCCUCCAAGUGCCGAAAAAGGAAGCUGGAGAGAAUCGCCCGGCUGGAGGAAAAAGUGAAAACCUUGAAAGCUCAGAACUCGGAGCUGGCGUCCACGGCCAACAUGCUCAGGGAACAGGUGGCACAGCUUAAACAGAAAGUCAUGAACCACGUUAACAGUGGGUGCCAACUCAUGCUAACGCAGCAGUUGCAAACAUUUUGAAGAGAGACUGUUGGGGGCUGAGGGGCAAAGGAGAAAAAAAAAUAACACAGAGAGACAGACUUGAGAACUUGACAAGUUGCGACAGAGAGGAAAGAGAAGUGUCCGAGAACUAAAGCCAAGGGUAUCCAAGUUGGACUGGGUUGCGUCCUGACGGCGCCCCCAGUGUGCACGAGUGGGAAGGACUUGGCGCGCCCUCCCUUGGCGUGGAGCCAGGGAGCGGCCGCCGGCGGGCUGUCCCGCUUUGCGGACGGGCUGUCCCCGCGCGAACGGAACGUUGGACUUUUCGUUAACAUUGACCAAGAACUGCAUGGACCUAACAUUCGAUCUCAUUCAGUAUUAAAGGGGGGAGGGGGAGGGGGUUACAAACUGCAAUAGAGACUGUAGAUUGCUUCUGUAGUACUCAUUAAGAACACAAAGCGGGGGGGAGGGCUGGGGAGGGGCGGCAGGAGGGAGGUUUGUGAGAGCGAGGCUGAGCCUACAGAUGAACUCUUUCUGGCCUGCCUUCGUUAACUGUGUAUGUACAUAUAUAUAUUUUUUAAUUUGAUGAAAGCUGAUUACUGUCAAUAAACAGCUUCAUGCCUUUGUAAGUUAUUUCUUGUUUGUUUGUUUGGGUGUCCUGCCCAGUGUUGUUUGUAAAUAAGAGAUUUGGAGCACUCUGAGUUUACCAUUUGUAAUAAAGUAUAUAAUUUUUUUAUGUUUUGUUUCUGAAAAUUCCAGAAAGGAUAUUUAAGAAAAUACAAUAAACUAUUGAAAAGUACUCCCCUAACCUCUUUUCUGCAUCAUCUAUAGAUACUAGCUAUCUAGGUGGAGUUGAAAGAGUUAAGAAUGUCAAAUAAAAUCACUCUCAGUGCUGCUUACUAUCCAGCAGUAAAAACUGUUCUCUAUUAGACUUUAGAAAUAAAUGUUCCUGAUGUACCUGCUUCUAUGGUCAGGUUAUACUCUUCUUCCCCCAGCUAUCUGUAUGGAAUUGCUUACCAAAGGAUAGUGCGAUGUUUCAGAAGGCUGGAGGAAGGGGAGGUGUUGCAGUGGAGAGGGACAGCCCACUGGGAAGUCAAACAUUUCAAAGUUUGGGAUUGUAUCAAGUGGCAUGUGCUGUGACCAUUUAUAAUGUUAGUAGAAAUUUAACAAUAGAUGCUUAUUCUCAAAGCAGGAAUUGGUGGCAGAUUUUACAAAAGAUGUAUCCUUCCAAUUUGGAAUCUUCUCUUUGACAACUCCUAGAUUAAAAGAUGGCCUUUGCUUAUGAAUAUUUAUAACAGCAUUCUUGUCACAAUAAAUGUAUUCAAAUACCAAUA